GAAAUAAUUAGAUAGAAAAGUUGACAGAAAAAAAUCAAGUUGGCAAAGUUUACAAAGAUAAGAAAGAGAAGGGUAGCAGUGUGUCCGGCCAAAGGAGUUAAAAGAAACAACAUCAAAAGAUGAUGAAUUAAUAAAAGAGAUCUGAAGGUAGCUAAAGAAGAUGAUGGCGGCCGGAAAUGGCGAACUUUCGGUUCCUCCAGGGUUCAGGUUCCACCCAACGGAUGAGGAGUUGCUGUAUUAUUACUUGAGGAAGAAGGUUUCCUAUGAGCCCAUUGACCUUGAUGUUAUUAGAGAAGUGGAUCUCAACAAGCUUGAGCCAUGGGACCUAAAAGAUAAGUGUAGAAUCGGGUCGGGUCCUCAAAACGAAUGGUAUUUCUUUAGUCACAAGGAUAAAAAGUAUCCGACCGGAACACGAACAAACCGAGCCACGACUGCCGGAUUUUGGAAGGCGACCGGGAGGGACAAGGCCAUCCAUCUCCAAAGCAAUUCCAAAAGAAUUGGGAUGAGAAAGACUCUUGUUUUCUACACGGGCCGUGCCCCUCAUGGGCAGAAAACCGAUUGGAUCAUGCAUGAGUACCGCCUUGAUGAUCAAUAUUCCGAUGCUACCACACCAUCAGAGAUCCAGGAAGACGGUUGGGUUGUAUGUCGAGUAUUCAAGAAAAGAAACUUUAACCGAAGCCCAUUUCAAGCAGAUGAUCACAUCAACCACACUCAUCAUACCGAAGAAUAUCAUCAUGAAUUAGAUGAUCAAGAUAUGAACAAACAUGGCUACAAUUGCAACAUGACUAGUAACACAACAUUAUUCGAUGGCUCCAUGCAUCUUCCUCAGCUAUUAACUUCUCCUCGCGAACACCCUCCAUAUUUUCUAGCUCCCCAUCAAAGCCGCCAUUUGAUCAAUAACAAUAACAAUAACAACGAUAAUGAGAAUGGUACGAUGAUGAUAAAUGACAUGGGUUGUUCCAAGAACUUGUUGAGCUUGAUGUCAAUGAGUCAAGGUGGUUGUGACAAGCCACUCUUAGUGAAUGCAAGUAAUGUGACCGCUGACUGGUCUUUCUUGGACAAGCUUCUGGCGUCGAACCAACAUCACCCGGGGUUUACAUUUGAUCAUCACAAUCAACAAGGAACAUGUAAUGAUCCUUCAUCAUCACAACACUUUGAUCAUCCGGAUCAUGUGAGCCAGCCGACUAAUGUAUUUCCUUUUCAUCAUCAUCACCUUGGUUAUGAAACCGACGUUUUGAAGUUCCCUAAGUAGAGGAGGAGGUUGUUAUGGUUCCCUACAAAUUAUGGAAACUAAUGUAGUAUGAAUACUAUUAGUAUUAGUGAACAAUGUAAUCCAUUGCUUGAGCUCUUCCGCCUUCGUAUAAAUCUAUCAAAAUCUUUCAAUCAAA